GUUCCUUGAUAAAUACUGUUCUUUUUUGUUUUGUCAUUUUCUUUUCCUGUAGAGCUUUCAUUGUUGAGGUUCCUCAGUGCUGAACUAACAAGAGGGUACUUCCUCGAGCAUAAUGAGGCCAAGUACACAGAAAGAAGAGAGAGAGUGUACACGUGUAUGCGAAUACCAAGGGAGUUGGAAAAGCUGAUGAUUUUUGGAAUCUUUCUGUGCCUGGAUGCGUUUUUAUAUGUGUUUACCCUGCUUCCUUUAAGAGUGUUCCUGGCACUAUUCAGGCUCCUGACUUUGCCUUGCUAUGGCUUAAGGGACAGGCGUUUGCUGCAGCCUGCCCAGGUGUGCGACAUUCUGAAGGGCGUCAUCCUGGUGAUCUGCUACUUUAUGAUGCACUACGUCGACUACUCCAUGAUGUACCACCUGAUCAGGGGUCAGUCCGUCAUCAAGCUCUACAUCAUCUACAACAUGCUCGAGGUAGCUGAUCGCCUGUUUUCAUCAUUUGGACAAGAUAUUUUAGAUGCUCUCUAUUGGACAGCAACAGAGCCCAAAGAAAGAAAAAGAGCCCACAUCGGGGUGAUUCCUCACUUCUUCAUGGCUGUUCUCUAUGUCUUUUUGCAUGCAAUUCUUAUAAUGGUUCAAGCUACAACUCUCAACGUAGCUUUUAACUCACACAACAAGUCGCUGCUUACCAUCAUGAUGUCUAAUAAUUUCGUUGAAAUUAAAGGAAGUGUUUUCAAGAAGUUUGAAAAGAACAACCUCUUUCAAAUGUCAAACAGUGAUAUUAAGGAACGAUUCACAAAUUAUGUGCUUUUGCUGAUAGUAUGUCUAAGAAACAUGGAACAGUUUUCUUGGAACCCAGAUCAUCUCUGGGUAUUGUUUCCAGAUGUCUGUAUGGUAAUUGCAUCAGAAAUUGCUGUGGAUAUUGUAAAACAUGCCUUUAUUACCAAGUUCAAUGACAUCACUGCAGAUGUGUAUAGUGAGUAUCGAGCCAGUCUUGCUUUUGACCUUGUUAGCAGCCGACAGAAAAAUGCGUAUACGGAUUACAGUGACUCAGUAGCACGGAGAAUGGGCUUUAUUCCUCUUCCACUAGCUGUUUUACUCAUCAGAGUUGUAACAAGCUCAAUUAAAGUGCAAGGAAUCCUGUCUUAUGCCUGUGUCAUACUCUUCUAUUUUGGGUUAAUAUCCCUGAAAGUUCUUAAUAGCAUUGUGCUAUUGGGCAAGUCAUGCCAGUAUGUGAAGGAAGCCAAGAUGGAGGAGAAGCUGUCCAACCCGCCCCCUGCCAGCGCGCCCGGCAAGCCGUCCAGCAAAUCACAGAACAAAUGCAAACCCUCUCCAGGCCUUUCCAAGGAAGAAAACCUGUCUGCCUCAGUCACCAACCAGCCUGUUCAUCAGAAGGAAAAUGUCAUACCGUUACUUGUGACGAGCAGUUCUGACCAGUUCCUGACCACGCCUGAUGGUGAUGAGAAGGACAUAACGCAGGAGAACUCUGAAUUAAAACACAGAUCCUCAAAGAAAGAUUUGCUAGAGAUAGACAGGUUCACAAUCUGCGGAAACCGCAUUGACUGACCCGGCUCUGAGUGCGGGGGGUGGGUCCUAGGCCAGUGCACACCGUGCUGCCAGGGCAGACAGAUGCUAAACGUGGCACUUACAUAUUUAUUUAAAAACUUAAAUUAUUAUUGGCAAGCAAAUCUUAGUAUCUUUCUCCAGUAAGGUGGUCUGGCUGAGGGUCAGAUCACGGCAUCACACCGAGCUCCAGCCUUGUUUCUGGGAAACUUGAUGGAUCAUAAACCUCCCUCCUGCCUGGCCAGGCAGCAGCAUCACUUCCAGACCCAACCGAAGCAACAGCAGAAUCUGUUUUGCUUUGUCAACCUGGGCUUCCACAACGUCGAAUUUUGCCUGCAGGCCUCUUUGUAUAAGGAUUACCUGGGAAACUGAAGCUUUUACCAUGAGUCAUCUUUCCAGCCUCAUGCUGGGUUCACAAACAACUUUCAGACUUGACUUCAUCUGCCAAAGCAUUAAAAAAAUUAUUAAACAUAAGUCAAGAUAAAUGUUCUUACCACCAGAAUAAUCCUUGAAGAUGUGUCUGAAUUAAUCAGAAUAAAAGGCUACCUUAAAUAAGA